GCGCGCAGGCGGAAGUUUACAGUACUGGCUCAUCCGAUUCUCCAUGCUCAGAGUCUAAUCAAACAAUAAAAUACCAGUGAAAUCAGCAUCCGCCUCGAGCAUACCAUGACUGAACCGAGUCCGGCCCAGAAAAGCUCACAGCCAGGUCAAGAGAUGGCGUCAGUGAAGCUGGAGGACUGCAGUCAAACACUGGAGCUCAAUGUGAUUGUCAAAAAAGAGGAAGAGGAGGAUGAGAGAAGAACCGAGGAAGAGAACGGGGGAGUAGAACAGGAGAGGGAAGACGGUAACGUUGACUCGGAUAUAGAAGGAGAGGAGGACCAGGAAGCAGAAGGAGGAGGAGGUGUGGCCAACCCAGGACUUGUUACUGUUAAAAGAGAAGAGGAGGAGGAGGAUGGAGAGGAGGAGAUUGGGGACAGAGAGGAGGAGGAGGAUGGAGAGGAGGAGGUUGGGGACAGAGAGGAGGAGGAUGGGGACAGGACCAACCCAGAAACAGGAGAGGGUGCCAGCUCAGACAAAGAGAGACCGUUCCUCUGCUCCCAGUGUGGUAAGCGGUUCACUGCACCAAGCAGCCUGAAGACUCACAUGCAGAGACACAGCGGAGAGAAACCCCACCAGUGCUCCUUCUGUGGGAAGCGCUUCCUACGAUCCACAGACCUGAAGAGACACCAGAUGAUCCACAAAGCAGUCACCUCGGACAGACCGUACCGUUGUUCCACAUAUGUGCGGCAGAGACAGUUACCUAUGACCAGCCUGAGGAUCCACCUGAAGAUCCACAGCGAAGACAAACCGCACCAGUGUUCCGUCUGCGGGAAGCGUUUCCUGUGGCUCUGUGUUCUGAAGAGACACCUGGUGGUGCACAAAGCAGGAGAGAGCGCCAACUCGGACCCAGACAGCCCAGGGGAUCCCGAACAGGGGCAGAAGCCGUACCCGGACCCUAAAAGACUGUACCUCUGCUCAGAGUGUGGCAAGAGGUUCACCACAGCGCCUUUACUAAAGUCUCACAUGAAGUCUCACAGUGGGGAGAUACACCACCAGUGCUCCGUCUGUGGGAAGUGUUUCCUGCUGUUCAAGGACCUCAAGAGACACCAGGAGAUCCACAAAGGUGAGAGAGAGACACUCGGAGAUCCACAAAGGUGAGAGAGAGACGCCGGGAGAUACACAAAGGUGAGAGAGAGACCCGGGAGAGACACAAAGGUGAGAGAGAGACGCCGGGAGAUCCACAAAGGUGAGAGAGACACCAGGAAAUCCACCACAGCGCCUUUACUAAAGUCUCACAGUGGGGAGAUACACCACCAGUGCUCCGUCUGUGGGAAGUGUUUCUUGCUAUUCAAGGACCUCAAGAGACACCAGGAGAUCCACAAAGGUGAGAGUGAGACACUGGGAGAUCCACAAAGGUGAGAGAGAGACAC